UCUUUAUUAAAACCUGAAAUUUUACUGAAGAAGGCAUUUGAGCUCAUCAAGUAGAUGACAGCCGCCACUUCCAGAUUCAUUGCCAAAGCCAGAGCUUAACAAGAGUCACUCCUCAAGUCAAUCUAUGACAAUACAACAUCUUGCUACUGCCUCGGCUGCCCACUCUGCUCUUUUAUAUAUAAUUUCUAAAACUAGACAAGAAGAAAACAGCGAGGAUGGGUUGGUUGUGUGGGUCCGACUUUUGACAAAUGGAGGAUGGAGAGGCGCUGGCUGGGACACGGAGAGAUGAAUCGCGCGGCACGAAGCGUUUCAUAUCACUGGCCUGGCCUCGAGUUGAGCAGAUUUCUGCACCGGGGAAUUUUUGAGCACACGGAUUUAGGGAAACUGCAUCCUGAUGCCGUCAUUCUGGAGGGAUGAGCGCAAGAUGUGUCUCGGAGCCCCUCCUCCCUUCCCUCCCCGGGUCUCACCUCCCUCCCCUGCUCCUCGCCUCCCCCGAGGCUGGCGGAGCGGGCGCGGGCGGACGCGGCCACUCCGCGGUAGCCAGUCGGGGCCGGAGCCCAGAGGCAGGUGCAGGCGGAGGCAAAGGCGCAGGGCUCGAGCUCAGCUGCUUGCACGGUGCCUGCGGUCCCCGCCGACUCAGACCUGCACGCAGACCUGGCGGGCAUCAAAGAAAGGCUGCGAGCUGGGAAAGCCCCGCAGAUGUGCCCAGAGCCACAGUUCACAGGCUUUCCGCUACGUCCUGCACUACUACCGCACGGGCCGGCUGCACGUCAUGGAGCAGCUGUGCGCUCUGUCCUUCCUGCAGGAGAUCCAGUACUGGGGCAUCGACGAGCUUAGCAUCGACUCCUGCUGCAGAGACAGAUACUUCAGAAGGAAGGAGCUGAGCGAAACAUUAGACUUUAAGAAGGACACAGAAGACCAGGAAAGUCAACAUGAGAGUGAGCAGGACUUUUCCCAAGGACCUUGUCCCACUGUCCGCCAGAAGCUCUGGAACAUUCUGGAGAAACCGGGCUCUUCCACUGCUGCUCGAAUCUUUGGGGUCAUCUCUAUCGUCUUCGUGGUGGUGUCAAUCAUCAAUAUGGCCCUGAUGUCAUCUGAGUUAAGCUGGCUGGACUUGCAGCUUCUGGAAAUUCUGGAGUACAUAUGCAUUAGUUGGUUUACCGGGGAGUUUGUCCUGCGUUUCCUGAGCGUGCGGGACAGGUGCCGCUUCCUGAGAAAGGUGCCCAACAUCAUAGACCUCCUUGCCAUCUUGCCCUUCUACAUCACCCUCCUGGUGGAGAGCUUGAGUGGCAGCCACACUACACAGGAGCUGGAGAACGUUGGGCGUCUGGUCCAGGUGCUGAGGCUGCUCAGGGCUCUGCGCAUGCUCAAGCUGGGCAGACACUCUACAGGAUUACGUUCACUUGGGAUGACAAUCACCCAGUGUUAUGAAGAAGUUGGCUUACUACUCCUAUUUCUGUCCGUGGGAAUUUCUAUCUUUUCGACUGUGGAAUAUUUUGCGGAGCAAAGCAUUCCUGACACAACCUUCACAAGUGUUCCUUGUGCAUGGUGGUGGGCCACUACGUCCAUGACUACUGUGGGAUACGGGGACAUUAGACCAGACACCACCACAGGCAAAAUCGUGGCCUUCAUGUGUAUAUUAUCAGGAAUCCUUGUCUUGGCCUUGCCUAUUGCUAUUAUUAAUGACCGCUUCUCUGCUUGCUACUUCACCUUAAAGCUCAAGGAAGCAGCUGUUAGACAGCGGGAAGCUCUAAAGAAGCUUACCAAGAAUAUAGCCACUGACUCAUAUAUUAGUGUUAACUUGAGGGAUGUCUAUGCCCGGAGCAUCAUGGAGAUGCUGCGAUUAAAGGGUAGAGAAAGAGCAAGUACCAGGAGUAGUGGAGGAGAUGACUUCUGGUUUUAAUUCAUUUUCAGUUUCUUUCCAAAAGCUUAUGUAAAACUAAGAGGAUUGAUAAAGCCUUGAUAAUGGA